AUGGGUGCCAGCUGUAAUGAUCAGAGAAAGGCCGUUGCCAUAUGUUUGCAGCGGUCACCGUGCGUUUUGAUCGAGCGAAACACUCCUAAAAAAUGUCUGGAAGAUCCAGAACUGAGCAAGGAUUUGCCUGAACUCUGUCUGGCACAGAUGAAAGCGUUUCUCGAGUGUAAAAGAGGAAUGGUAGAUAUGACUAAAAGAUUCAGAGGAAACGGGGCCCUUUCUACUGGCAAGUACGACCAACAGUACGACAACUUAUCAAGCGGGAAUUUUGAUGCGAGAGAAGAACUGCGUAAGCUUGAAACAUUGUCCAGUACUAACAAGAAUUAG